AUGGUUAAAGUAACAACUGUGCCAACACAACCCUACAACGACCAGAAGCCAGGCACUUCCGGUCUACGCAAACGCGUCAAGGUGUUUCAGCAAAGGAACUACACCGAGAACUUUAUCCAAUCAAUCAUGCACGUCAUUGAAGGCGGCAGUGAGGGCGCCACACUGGUGGUAGGCGGCGAUGGUCGGUACUACCUUGACGAGGUGAUGCAGAUCAUCAUCCAAUUCAGCGUAGCCGCGGGCAUCAAGAAGCUGAUCAUACCACAGCACGGUCUUGUCUCGACCCCGGCCGGGUCUCACUUGAUCCGGAAAUACAAGGCUACGGGUGGCAUCUUGUUGACCGCGUCCCACAACCCUGGCGGCCCGGACAAAGAUUUCGGUAUCAAGUACAAUGUACGCAACGGAGGCCCCGCGCCUGAAAAUGUCACCAACCGAAUCUUUGAUAUUUCGAAAUCGCUCCAGCAGCUUACGUAUGCUGCCGAUAUGCCACGCGUCGACUAUGGUACGAUUGGCACGCAGACCCUGGGCGACACAUUGGAGAUCCAAGUCAUUGACAGCAUCGAUGACUAUGUCGACUUGAUGAAAGAGAUCUUUGAUUUUGGUGCCAUCCGCUCGUUCUUGGACAAGAACAAAGACACGUUCAAGGUCUUAUUUGAUGGCAUGCAUGGCGUCACGGGCAUCUAUGGCGAACGGCUGUUUGUAAAAGAAUUUGGAUUGGCCAAGGCGUCGUGUCUGAUGCGCUCCACGCCUUUGGCGGAUUUUGGGGGCGAGCAUCCAGACCCGAACCUCACGUAUGCGCACGAGCUGGUCGAACGGGUGGAGAAAGACCAGAUUGAUUUUGGCGCAGCAUCGGAUGGUGACGGCGACCGCAACAUGGUCCUGGGGAAGCAUGCGUUUGUGACACCCAGCGAUAGUGUCGCCGUCAUUGCACACUAUGCGCUUGACGCUAUUCCUUAUUUUCGCAAGAACGGCGGUGUGCAUGGGCUAGCGCGGAGCAUGCCCACAUCACGUGCAUUGGAUCUCGUUGCACAAAAGCAGCAGCUGGAGCACUUUGAAGUCCCCACGGGGUGGAAGUUCUUUGGCAAUUUGAUGGAUGCUGGCCGUUGCUCCAUUUGUGGCGAAGAGUCCUUUGGCACUGGCUCGGAUCAUGUUCGUGAAAAAGAUGGUGUCUGGGCCAUUCUGGCAUGGCUCAGUAUCGUUGUGCAUGUCAACAAAACAAAGCCAGGAGCAGGUGUCUAUGACAUCUUACAAGACCAUUACAAGAUGUACGGCCGCAACUUUUUUUCCAGAUACGACUAUGAAGAGGUCGAUGGGCAAAAAGCAAACGAGCUGAUGCAACACUUGCGGGAGCUCAAUAUCAAUGGCCAAACAUUCAAUGGAUUCACCGUGUCCGAGAUUGACGAUUUCGAGUACAAGGAUCCUAUUGACGGCAGUGUAUCAAGCCAUCAAGGCAUGCGGGUCAUGUUCAAGGAUGGUUCCCGUUUCGUUGUACGGCUGUCAGGCACUGGAUCACAGGGUGCUACGAUUCGUCUGUAUGUCGAAAAAUACAGCAACGAUCCAUCGGAAUAUGCCACGGAGACACAAAAGGCAUUGGAGCCUUUGAUCCGUGUGGCGUUGGAUAUCUCGCGUCUUGAACAUUUUACCGGAAGAGACAAACCAACUGUCAUUACUUAA